AAAAAAAAUCUACAAAAGAACAAGUCAAAGGUUUACAAUCCAUGUCAAUGCUGUCCUUGUAAUCCAGAUGCUAAGUGCCUAUUUCCUAUUUCAUUUCAGAUGCAAAACAUCUUCUAAGUAAUACAGUGUAGCUGUGAAGCGAAUCGAGUCGUAUCAUACAUAAAUUUAUUUUUUUGUAAAUUUCUUUACACACAGUCAAUUACAAAUACUAAUGUCAACGGCAUAAUGGAUUUUAUCCAUUAUCUCUACUGCACUGAUAAGACAGAUAACAAAAAACAUAUUUUAUGUGUAUAAUUCACGCAAUUAUCAGUUACACGCUGAUUCUCAAGCAAUACUAUCAUGGUCCGUGAUCGAAUGCCGGAGUUACGUGCCUACCAAAAUAAUUGCACUACAUUUGGUAAAGGAUUUUUACAAGAUGUACGCAUCCAAAUAUCCCAAAAUAAAAAAUUGAAGGAAGUAUUAGAUCAAGUUGAAGAAGUUCGAGACUUAAUUCAACUUAUUGCUGACAAUACAGCUAUUGUAAAGGAUUUACAUAAUAAUAUUUUAUCAUACACCAAUAAAGAUAUACAAAAAGAAUUGGAAAGUCGAACAUACACUAUUUCGCAAACGUCAUUUCGUAUUCAACGAAAAUUAAGAGAAAUGGGAAAGGAAAUUAACUGCAUUGAUGACUUAACUUUACGUAGUGCGCGGGAAGGCCCUAUACAUAUACGAAUUAAAGUGAUACAAUAUACAACGAUGAUAAGAUUAUUCUCUGAAGUUAUGGAAGAUUAUAAUGCAUCUAUGAUAAGAUAUCACAAAAAAUGUCGUUUACUUUUACAUCAACAAAAAAUGUUAAUCCGGAAACAUAUUACAAGUGAAGAAUUGGAAAAAUUAUUUGAUGCAGAAGAAAAUAAUUUAUUUGUUGAUAAUAUUUUACAAGACAGUAAAAUUGCAAAGCUACAAUUAUCAGACAUUCAAAGUAGGUAUAAUGAUAUAAUAAAAGUAGAAAAAUCAAUUGCAGAAGUUAGAGAUAUGUUUACAGAAAUGGCAUUUCUUGUUGAAAAACAAGGAGACCAAAUAAAUAGUGUAGAAUAUUAUGCUGGAAGGGCAGCAGAUGAUGUCGAUGUUGGUCGUAUUGAUAUAAAAAAAGCGGAGAAAAGGAGCCAGAGACAUAGAAAGAGGAAAAUCAAACUUGCUAUCAUAAUUAGUAUAAUAAUUAUUAUUUUUUUGAUGGUCAUUAUCUUUUUAUAAAAGGAUAAAAAUAUAAUAAUACAAUUUUGUGCAAAA